GGUAGAUUUCCCUCAAAGAAACAAAAAAAAUAAAACAAAGAUAAAUCAUUGGGGUUGGGGGAUUGCAAUUGCAAGUUGCCGCUGUGCGGUUGCGGUCGCUCCCCUCCCGACUCUGGCCAGCAGCAGCGACGGUGCCGGCAGUCGAUUACUCCACGCGGCGGAGGCGGCGGUAGCCCAUCCUUUCCCGUUUUCUGAUCCAGUCCUACUGAUACCGCGCACAGCACGCCUGCUCUAUUAAAGGUACGGCGUGAAGAUGAGGGUUCUCUUGGUCUCGUGAAGGCGACGCUCUUGUCUGCUAACUACAUAUUAUAGAAUGUUUUGCUUGAGGGGCUACUGGUCGCCUUCACUAGCUCCAGUGAGGGAAGGGCCUGUUCGACAUCAUAUAAAGUUCAAUUCUGUAGUGGUUUGUGGUGCUAGGGGACCGAGACCGAGAUAUCCCCGUGUGUGGAAAACUCGUAAGAAAAUUGGGACUAUUUCCAAGUCGCAGAAGCUUGUCGAAUGUAUUAAAGGUCUGUCUAAUGUAAAGGAGGAAGUUUAUGGGGCACUUGACUCAUUUGUUGCAUGGGAACUGGAGUUUCCCUUGAUAGUAGUAAAGAAGGCACUGAAGAAACUUGAGGACGAAAAGGAAUGGAAACGAAUAAUUCAGGUCAUUAAAUGGAUGUUCAACAAAGGUCAAGGGAAGACAAUGGGAAGCUAUUACACCUUGUUGAAUGCUUUGAUCGAGGAUGGACGGAUUGAGGAAGCAGAAGAGUUAUUUGGAAUGGUGUUCUCACGAUAUAUGGAGGGUUUGCCUCGUACAUUUUUCAUGAGAAUGAUUUCUUUCUAUUACAGCGUGGAAGCGUAUGAUAAGAUGUUUGAGAUUUUUGCUGAUAUGGAGGAACUAGGCGUAAGACCUGAUGGUUCUAUUAUCAGGAUGCUAGGUGAUGUAUUUCAGAAGUUAGAGAUGAUGGACAAAUAUGAAAAGUUAAAAAAGAAAUACCCACCACCGAAAUGGGAUUAUCGACACAUCAAAGGCAAGCGCAUAAGAAUCAGAGUUUAUCCUGAUAGCAACCCUGAAGUGGCGGCAAAAGGAGACCCUGACACUGAUGAGCUCGAAGAGUUAGAAAGCACACACCUUAAUAACGAAUUGGAUGAAGCAGCAAGCUCAGGCCUCGACAGGAGUGUAUUGGACGAUGCAGCUUCUGGAGACCUUGAAUAUAUGUAGAACCCAUGUCGUCAUACUUCCAAGACAUCUCUGUUUUGGUUUGACAUCCCAGAACCCAUGUCGUCAUACUUCCAAGACAUGGGCAUCGCUAUCUUCUGAAGUAUUUUACUACCUAGAAUGAGUAGAAACUACAUGCCAGGCUUUGCCAUCAGCAGUCUUUUCAAGACAUCAUGGUGGUUUCACCGCGAUAUGUGUUCUUCAGAGUUUGGUUACCUGAUUCACUUGCAUAAGGCUCAUGCCUUUUUGAAUGCUUCCAGCCAGGUUAAAAACAUAGCGAUGGCAUUAGGACCUGUAGUAUCUGAGUGCUUUCGUGAACAUAUAUGGUUGAUUGUUGAAGGCAAUGUCCUGGACAUCAGACAGGGCAGUAGCCAUUACUAUGGUCCUGUUUGGCACAGCUACUGCUUGUUGAAAAAGCAGCUUAUCUGAGAAGCUGAUGAAAAGCAGCUUCUGCUUGUUGGCUGCUUUUAGUGUAUUCUGAGAAGCAGCUGAACUAAUAAGCUGCUGUAGAAGCUGGCUGUUUGGCAGGACUUCUGCUUAAAUUUGCGAAGAAGCUGAAAAUAAGCUGAAAAUAAGCUGUGCCAAACAGGGCCUAUAUCAUCCGGUAUGGUCCUUUGUUCGGCAUGGAAAGGCGCCAUAUUUUCAGGCAUGAAAGACUCUAUUGUGUAUUUAACCCAGUUAAUAUC